GCAGAGAGAUCCACAAACUCAAGAGCAUAAACAGUAACACAGGUUAUUUUGAUGUCACUAUGGUUACGAAAGCCCGCCCGCCACUCAAUCUUAGUUCUCUAUUUGCCACUAUGUGUCACUCUGCUCUAAAAGCCCGGGGGCAACGUGGUCUUUGCUGAACUCUGAGAGGACAAUUAUAGUCUCAUGCCAAGGAGGAACUAUCCUGCUUACCUCUCACACUUUGGAAGAAUACAGAAAUACACUUGAUUUAGCUAGCUUCACAAUAGCCACUAGCCCAAUGAUGGAGGUGAUGAGGACCUCCACCCAUGCAAACCCCACCCCUACCCCCACCCUCAAUGACUCAAACACCUGCACGACUCUGUAUGACCACCUGGAGUACGCCCGAGUCCUCAUGCCCCUCUUCUACAGCAUCGUCUUCUCCGUGGGGUUGCUGGGCAACGCCCUGGCGCUGCAUGUCAUCCGGCCCAACCUAAAGAAGAUGAACUCCACCACGCUCUACUCCGCCAACCUGGUCAUCUCCGACAUCCUGUUCACGCUGUCACUACCGUUACGGAUAAUCUACUACGCCCUGGGCUUCCACUGGCCCCUGGGGGAGACCCUGUGUAAGAUCACAGGGCUGAUCUUCUACAUCAACACAUAUGCCGGGGUAAACUUCAUGACCUGCCUCAGUGUGGACCGAUUCAUUGCUGUGGUCUUGCCGCUCCGGUUCGCACGCUUCCGGAAGGUCUCCAAUGUCCGGUUCAUCUGCGUUGGGGUGUGGUUGCUGGUCUUAAUGCAAACUUUGCCCCUCCUCUCAAUGCCCAUGACUCAUGUGGAGUCUGAUGGCUUCAUCACUUGUAUGGAGUAUCCCAACUUCGAACAGGUGCCCAACAUCGCCUACAUGCUGAUCGGCGCCGUGUUCCUAGGCUAUGGAGUCCCCGUGGUGACUAUCCUAUUGUGCUACUCCAUACUGUGCUGUAAACUCCGCCUCUCGGCCAAGACCAAUCACCUGACAGACAAGUCGGGGCGCAGCCGCAAAGCCGUUGGGGUGAUCUGCUGCGUCUCCCUGGUGUUCGUGGUGUGUUUCAGCCCCUACCACAUCAACCUCCUCCAAUACAUGAUCCGAAAGCUGAUCUACACACCAGACUGUGCUGAACUCACAGCCUUCCAGAUCUCCUUACACUUCACUGUUUGUCUGAUGAACCUCAACUCCUGCCUGGAUCCUUUCAUCUACUUCUUUGCCUGUAAGGGUUACAAGAGGAAGGUGCUGAAGAUCCUGAAGAGGCAGGUGAGCGUAUCCUUCUCCAGCGCAGUACGGACAUCGCCCGAGGGGUCAUCCAGAGACAUCGUAGAUGGUAAGAAGAUCCACCUCAACAGCACUAGGUACGAACAGUGUGUCCAACAGAAUGGCCAAAGGUGAGUGACGACCAACCAACAGACCGGUGAGUCAAAGACCAACCAACAGAUCGAAGAGCCAUCAACCAGCAAACAGACCAGCCAACAGACCGGUGAGCCCACGACCAGCCAACAAACCUUUGAGCCAACGACCAGCCGACAGACUGGUUAGUCAAUGACCAGCAAACAGACUGGUGUGCAAACAACCAGCAAACAAUUUGAAUAACAUACUAUAUGUGAUGAAUUUGAAAAACAUAUGAUAUGUUAUGAAUUCUAGCUAGGUGUCUAAUGUUAGCUAGGUGGCUAACGUUAGCUACUGUAGGCUAAGGGUUAAGGUUUGGAGUUAGGUUAAAGGGUUAAGGUUAGGGGUUAAGGUGAGGGUUAAGUUUAGGUGUUAGGUUAAAGGGUUAAGGUUAGGGGAAGGGUUAGCUAUCAUGCUAAGUAGUUGCAAAGUGGCUAAAAAGUGGUAAGUAGUUGAAAAGUUGCUAAUUAGCUAAAAUGCUUAUCUGUUGUCCAUGAUGCGAUUUGAACUCGCAACCUUUGGAUUGUUAGACAUUCACGUCAGAAAAUUGCUAGAGGAUGUCUGAGGAGAUAGACUGAACUAUAACUGUAUAACUGAUUAACAGUUAAAAGAGGUAUCUCACGCCCUCUGGAAAUAGAGCCACCAAGGUAACAAGCUGUUUCUGCCUUUUGCCAAUACAGUAGUGCUGAGCGAUUCACCGUAAAAAAAAUCCCCCGUUAUUAAACAACUAAUUGACCGACAUCCGUUCAAUUACUUGAACUCCAUAUAGUUCUGCUUUUUUUUUGUGAGCUCAACGUGCUGUUUCUCUCGAGAGAAAUUAAAUAAUUAACGAGAGAAACGUAGUCAAUGGGCGCAUUUGAGCGGAUCACUUUUGUCAAGUCGAUGACCAUCGUUGCGCCUACGUGUCGACUGCAUAUACUUUACAAAACAUAUGCUCUUGACCAACUUCAGUCUGCAGCCAUCACCUGCAUUGUGGGAGGAUCUAUUGUCAUUGACCCACACAAACGUGACCAAAGACAUGAUUGAAAUAGGAACAAAUGUUGAUACGAUUCAUGUAUACAGUUGUCAUUCAAAUGAAUUUGAUACUUGAGGCUGUUUCUCACUGAUUGCAGUUUAUAAUUGUUGAAAUAAACAUGGCUCCAACCCCCAGAACACAAACUCACAAAGAAAAACUUUCAUUAACAAUGGCAGCACUGCCAUGUUGAUCUGAGCCUUGCUGUUGGAAAAUCACAUUAGUGUCUGACUUUGGUUGUCACAGAUGCACCUCCUCCGACCACUCCUCAACUUUCGUCUACAGUCGGUUGCUUUCGCUUUACCCCUCAAACACACCUAAUAACUAUGUGGGAUGCCAGGCAAAUAUUCAACCUAGUUCAGCACAAAACUGUGGUAAUUUACUACACUUACCAUAAUCCAUUGCGCCUGUUCUUCCCAGUCCCGGACAGAGGCGGAUACACAUAGACGAUAAGGAUAGAGGCAGUUCGUCAGGUAGCUCUACCCAAUUGAUAGUUGUAGUAGUUGGUAAUAAGCAGUCUUGAAAGUAUGCCUCAUCUACUUUGAACAACUAAUACAAUUAUUUUGUCAGCCAGCUAGUUACUCACCUAGCUAAAAAGGAUGACUUGUUCAAUGGGAUGCACAGAGAUAACUUUAGAUGGGUGUCUGGCUGACUGUCUGGCUGGCUGCUACUGCCUGAGCAGAGAUGAUAUGAUGACUUUAUGGAAUGAGAAAUAAUAAAGUCAUCAAAAAAAAACGAAGUAAUAUACACAACUGAAAUAUUUGAUUAAAGUAAAGUUAUGGUUAAUAAUGAUGGCAGUAAUGGGCUACCAAACUACCAUCAUGGUAGUUAACAAUUUUACGAACAAUUUUAUUAUGUGUUGUUACAGCAUUCAACCCACUGUCCGUGUCAGGAAAAAAGGCAGGUGGAUGGCAUCAAAAAUAUUUUAAUGUCAUUAUUUAUAAAUGCAUUUAAUGUUUUAAAAAAAGUGAUUGGUUAAAAAAUUAUCUCAAAAAACACUUAUCGCUCUGCACUACAAUACAGUGACACGUUUUUUGCCACAUGCAAAUACAGUGACAACUUGGUCUAAUGCAGAAACACAUGAGCAUAUAAGGACAGUAUUAGACAGCAUGGACACUGGCUUGAAAAUAUGUCUCGAAAUGGACAGCUGAAUAUUACUUCAUAGUUUCAGAGACUCUGACUAAAGAAUAGAAAGCUUUGGAACAUCACAAUGCUGAGGAAUGAAAAAUAAGAUAAUGUUGAUUAUACUUUUUGUACAUACACUUCCUGCAUUAUUCUUCAAAUUACCUUUUGAUUAUUGAUAAAUGUAAAAUAUGUCAACACCAUGUACUAAAUGUAACUAUGUCCCUCAAUUCAUUUUAUCAGAGUCAAUGACAUCCAUUUUUUUUUACCAAGUGGUUCACAUUUUUUAUUUCCGUUGUUCACAAUAAGGGUUCCCCUCUAUUUUUGAUUCAUGUGAUGACUGUGUGUUGAUAAUAAACCCUUUAAUUUUGAAUAAAAAAGAAAUGGAAAUAAAUAAUAUCUUAUGCUUUUGUGGUGCUCAAGAUCGUGUGGUAUUCCUCAGAUAGAUACAAUGAAUGUCCAUCCAUAUCAGUAAUGUUGAUCAGACUCCACUGUAGGCCCACACUGCUAUCUGAGCCCCAAGUGGGCAGUGUUAUAUAGAAAGAGAAAGAUAAUACAGUAGAACAUUUACAGUUGAAGUCAGAAGUUUAUAUACUCUACACCUUAGCAAAAUACAUUUAAACUCAGUGUUUCACAAUUCCUGACAUUUAAUCCUGGUAAAAAUUCCCUGUCUUAGGUCAGUUAGGAUCACCACUUUAUUUUAAGAAUGUGAAAUGUCAGAAUAAUAGUAGAAAGAAUGAUUUAUUUCAUCUUUUAUUUCUUUCAUCACAUUCCCAGUGGGUCAAAAGUUUACAUACACUAAUUUAGUAUUUUGGUAGCAUUGCCUUUAAAUUGUUUAACUUGGGUCAAACGUUUCGGGUAGCCUUCCACAAGCUUCCCACAAUAAGUUGGGUGAAUUUUGGCCCAUUCCUCCUGACAGAGCUGGUGUAACUGAGUCAGGUUUGUAGGCCUCCUUGCUCCUUCAGUUCUGCCCACACAUUUUCUAUAGGAUUGAGGUAAGGGCCUUAUGAUGGGCACUCCUAUACCUUGACUUUGUUGUCCUUAAGCCGUUUUGCCACAACUUUGGAAGUAUGCUUGGGGUCAUUGUCUUUUUGGAAGACCCAUUUGCAACGAAGCUUUAACUUCCAGACUGAGGUCUUGAGAUGUUGCUUCAAUAUAUCCACAUAAUUUUCCUCCUCAUGAUGCCAUCUAUUUUGUGAAGUGCACCAGUCCCUCCUGCAGAAAAGCAACCCCACAACAUGACGCUGCCACCCCUGUGCUUCACAGUUGCAAACCGUAGUCUGUUUUUUUUUAUAGUGGUUUUGGAGCAGUGGCUUCUUCGUUGCUGAGCGGCUUUUCAUGUCGAUAUAGGACUCAUUUUACUGUGGAUAUAGAUACUUUUGUACAUGUUUCCUCCAGCAUAUUCACAAGGUCCUUUGCUGUUGUUGUGAGAUUGAUUUGCACUUUUCUCACCAAAGUACGUUCAUCUCUAGGAGACAGAAUGUGUCUCCUUCCUGAGCGGUAUGACGGCUGUGUGGUCCCAUGGUGUGUUUAUACUUGAGCACUAUUGUUUGUACCGAUGAACGUGGUACCUUCAGGCGUUUGGAAAUUGCUCCCAAAGACGAACCAGACUUGUGGAGGUCUACAAUUUAUUUUCUGAGGUCUUGGCUAAUUUCUUUUGAUUUUCCCAUGAUGUCAAGCAAAGAGGUACUGAGUUUGAAGGUAGGCCUUGAAAUACAUCCACAGUUACACCUCCAAUUGACUCAAAUUAUGUCAAUUAGCCUAUCAGAAGCUUCUAAAGCCAUGGCAUAAUUUUCUGGAAUUUAUCCAAGCUGUUUAAAGGCACAGUCAACUUAGUGUAUGUAAACUUCUGACCCACUGGAUUUAUGAUACAGUGAAUUCUAAGUGAAAGAAUCUGUCUGUAAACAACUGUUGGAAACAUUACUUGUGUCAUUGUCACGCCCUGACCGUAGAUUGCUUUGCAUGUUUCUAUUUUUUGCUAUGUCAGGGUGUGAUGUGGGUGGGCAUUCUAUGUUUGUAUGUCUAGGUUUUGUAUUUCUAUGUUUUGGCCGGUAUGGUUCUUAAUCAGGGACAGCUGUCUUUCGUUGUCUCUGAUUGAGAACCAUACUUAGGUAGCCUGUUUUCCCACUGUUAGUUGUGGGUGGUUAUAUUCUGUUUAGUGUUGGUUGCACCUUGCAGAACUGUUUCGGCUAUUCUUUUUGUUAUUUUGUAUUCAGUGUUCAGUCAGUUAAGCAAAUAAAGAUGAACACGUACCCCGCUG